AUGGACUACGCAGCUAAGGGCGACGAUGCCCUCGCCAAAUCCAAUGCCCAUCUCGCUUUCGAAUACUACACGCGCGCCUUGAUCCAGCACCCCCGCUCCCCGAACUACUACAUUCAACGCGCCACAGCCCUGGGACGCCUGAAGCCAGAGCAUGGCGGACCGAACCCCAACCACGCCCUGCAGGACUCAGAAGCUGCCCUUGCACUAGCCGUCGAGCGUGGCAAGCGCGAGCUGAUCCUGUCAGCACAGUUCCGGCGUGCAGUCUCGCUGUUCCAGCUCGAGCGGUAUGGAGAUGCGUUAUACCUCUUCAAGCUGCUGGAAGAGAAGACGGCUGCGACAAAGAGCGCCGGAGAUGAGAACAGGGGUUCCAAAAUACAAAGCGCUAUGAGUGGAGGGAAAGGCAAGAUGUACGAGACGCAGUUGCCCAUCUGGUUGGCGAAAGUCAACCGCAAGAUAGACGAACUUCCGGAGGGUGACGACAAGACUAAGGUCUCUGUCGUUGAAUACCCCAAGGAUGUCGAGAUUCCUAGCAAGGAGCGCUUAGAGGCCGAGCUUGCUGGUAAGUUGGGGAAGUCCGUGCUGGCAAAUGAGGAGUCGACCAAGCAAACCCCAUCCGCACCAAGCGCAGCAAGUGACGCUCCGAAGCCCACUGCCAGCUCGGCUGCACGUUCGGCACCUGUCGCCCCAGAAAAGGUCCGGCAUGAGUGGUACCAGUCUCAGAAUUCCGUUGUCGUUACGCUCUAUGCCAAGGGUAUUCCCAAGGACAAGGUCGAGACUGAGCUAAAAGAUGACUCGAUAUCGCUCCGAUUCCCUCUUCCCUCCGGCUCUGAAUACGACUUCACUCUGGAUCCUCUCUACGCACCCAUCGAUACCUCCGCCUCCAAAGUCUCCGUCAUGGGCACCAAAAUCGAAAUCACCCUCCAAAAGAAAUCAACCGGCCAGAAAUGGAGCUCGCUGGAAGGCAUGGGCGAAAGUGUGAAGCUCACGGAGCGUCCUACUGCCUCAGCAGCAUCAAGCGGACCCGCGUACCCGACUUCGUCUCGCCACGGAACAAAGGACUGGGAUAAAGUUGCGUCCUCCCUUACUGCCAAGAAGGGUUCAAAAACGAAAGGUGAAAAGGGCGACGGCAACGAAUCCGAUGAUUCGGAUAUCGGAGGCGAUGCUGUGGACGGCUUCUUCAAGAAGCUGUACAAGGACGCCGACGACGAUACCCGCCGCGCUAUGAUGAAGAGCUACAUUGAAAGCAACGGAACGUCGCUGAGUACCAAUUGGUCUGAGGUUGGGAGCAAGACGAUGGAGCCACACCCUCCUAAAUGA